UACUACUUGAGAAUCUCAAGGAAAGAAUAGCAAAGCCAGCGCGGACAUCUCCUGAAAUAGAAAUAGGUAGCAGCUGUUUGGGUUGGCUGUUCCUGUUCCCCAUGGCGAUGACAUGUCACAUGCGCAGGCAGAUCAGAAAUGCUUCAAACCAACAACCACAUCAUCAGAUUCAUUGCAUCAUUAACAAUAAUAAUAACUCGGCCCGGCCCGGCCGCCAUCCUCCUCCCCUCCCGAUGAUCAUCCCAUGACCCUCUCCUCCUCCGCCAUCCCUCGCCGGAGGAGGCGCAAUGCCUCCGUCCCUGUCCCUGUCCCUGUCUCCGCCAGGGCCUUAGCCGCCGGGCUCUGGAGGCUGCGCCACGCACAGAGGAUGAAGGCGGCCGGGGAACAGAACCAAGCGCCGCCUAGCAAACUUGGUGAAGGAAGGAGGUGCCCUGCCAACAAGCGGCAGCACUUGGCUGCUGGAAUUGCAACGGGAAGCCAUUGCUGCCAAUGUCGUUGCUCUAGGAAGAGGAACCACCACCACCACGGCGGCAUCUUGGACAAGAUCGACGCCUGCGUGGAGCCUUACGGUUCGUGUUCGUCGUCGACCAUGGAGAAGGCCGCCAAAUGGGCGUGGGCACCGUCUCCCCUGAUGCUCCUCAUGGAGGCCGAGCUGGAGAAGGCGCGAGGCCGCAUCAGCGAGCUCGAGGAGGAGCGGCGCGCCAUGGCCAAGAGGCUGGAGCGCUUCCUGCGGGACCUGGCCGAGGAGAAGGCGUCCUGGAAGGCCCGGGUGCGGGACAAGGCCCGGCGCGCCGUCGCCGCCCUCGAGGAGGAGCGGGCGCACCGGCGGCAGCUGGAGCAGGCCAACGCCAAGCUGAUGCGCGAGCUGGCGGAGGCGAGGUCAUCGGCCAAGCAGCAGGCGCAGAGCUACGAGAUGGAGCGCAAGGCCCGCGAGCUCAUGGAGGAGGCGUGCUCGGAGCUCACGCGGGAGGUGGAGGAGGACCAGGCGGAGGUGGAGCUGCUGCGCCGGGAGUGCCUGCGCAUGCGGGAGGAGAUGGAGGAGGAGCGCCGGAUGCUGCAGAUGGCGGAGGUCUGGCGCGAGGAGCGCGUGCAGAUGAAGCUCUCCGACGCCAAGCUCGCGCUCGAGGCCAAGUACGCGCAGCUCAGCCACCUGCAGGCGGAGAUGGAGGAGGCGUUCCUCCUGAGGCCGACGACACGCUUCAUCAGCGAUGCUGCGGCGGCGGCGAGCGCCGACGCCGCCGACUUCAGGCCUCGGCCCCGCGGCCGCGCCAGCAGCCAGCACGACGACGACGAGGUGGAUGCGGAUUCGGUGUUCGAGCACUUCCGCCGCAAGGAGAGGGAGAGCCAGAACCGCGCCGACGACAGCCCCGCCAGCGCGAUGAUGCAGUCGUCGGAGAGCCCGGCGACGGACCUCUUCCUGGCAAAGGUCGACGCCGCCAAUGGGGGCAGCUCCUCCGCCGACAUGGACUACGACGGAGGCAGGGACUCGUGCAGCUGGUUGGGGACCAGCGAUCGCUCGGCUUCGGUGGCGGGCAACGGGAACAGCGGCGGCUUGGCGUCAGGCGCGGGCCGGCGGUCGUCGGUGGGGAAGAACACGGCGCUGAUACGCAGGCUGUGGAGGUCGGCCAUCGCCGACAGCAGGAAGAAGACUGCUGGUUCGUCGCCGUCUUCGGACAGCGUGACCCCACCUCCAGCAAUGGCAGUGCAGCAGAGCAAGAGCAAGCAGAGCCUGAGGGAGAAGCUCAUGGAGGCCAGGAUGGACGAUCACAAGCCUGUCCAGGCAGCCAGACACAAAACCAAUAUCUAGUCUAGUAGUAUAAAGCCAUUAUUCGACCGGAUCACAUGCAUCAAUGUAUGUAUCUACCAUACACACACACACACACACUCCUGUAUUAUAUAUAGUAUUUCCUAUCGAUUAUGGUGCUAGUCUUGUGUCCAAUGUAAAUUGUUCUUGACAGCAUGGUGUGGUGUAUACAGAGGCCUCAAACUGUAAAGUUACGUAUAAACUGACCAAUAUAAUGAUAAAUCUACUGUAAAGUCACAUUCA